AUGGAUUUGGAUAGCAUGGACUGUACUUCAAUCAUGGAUGUGACAGAUGGUGAAGAGAUCCAACAAGAUCGCCAUUCUUACGCCUCCGUCUCGAAGCAUCACAGUAACAACAGCAACGCGAAUGCUGCUUCUGGGCUUCUUCCAACCACCACCAGUGUCCAUGAGCUUCUCGAAUGUCCCGUCUGCACCAAUUCCAUGUACCCUCCAAUUCACCAGUGUCACAAUGGGCAUACUCUAUGUUCAACCUGUAAAACCAGGGUUCACAAUCGGUGUCCAACUUGUAGACAAGAGCUCGGUGACAUCCGUUGUUUGGCACUGGAGAAAGUAGCGGAAUCACUAGAGCUACCUUGCAAAUACAUGUCGCUUGGAUGCCCUGAGAUCUUCCCUUACUACAGUAAGCUCAAACACGAGACUGUAUGUAACUUCAGGCCUUACAACUGUCCCUACGCCGGGUCAGAGUGUGCUGUUAUGGGUGAUAUCCCUUUCUUAGUUGCUCAUCUGAGGGAUGAUCAUAAGGUGGAUAUGCACUCUGGAUGCACUUUCAACCAUCGUUAUGUCAAGUCUAAUCCUCGUGAAGUCGAAAACGCCACAUGGAUGUUAACUGUCUUUCACUGCUUUGGUCAAUACUUCUGUCUUCACUUUGAGGCAUUCCAGCUUGGGAUGGCUCCGGUGUACAUGGCGUUUCUGCGUUUCAUGGGGGACGAGACAGAAGCUAGGAACUACAACUACAGUUUGGAAGUUGGAGGAUAUGGUAGGAAGCUGAUUUGGGAAGGAACGCCGAGAAGCGUGAGAGACAGCCACAGGAAAGUGAGAGACAGUCAUGAUGGACUAAUUAUACAGAGGAACAUGGCUCUCUUCUUCUCAGGUGGAGACAGGAAAGAGCUGAAGCUGAGAGUCACUGGAAGAAUCUGGAAAGAGCAGCAACAAAGUGGAGGAGGAGCUUGUAUCCCUAACUUGUCUUGA